CUGAGACUCAAAAAGUCAAAAAUCGAAAGGGAUAAAAAGCAAGCCCUAGGAUUUAGAGAGCAGAGCUCAGAGCAGUGACGACAAUGGCGGAAACUAUCAACAGCGUAUCUCCAACAUCAGACCCCAAUUCACCGUAUUAUCUCCCUCCAGAUAUUCAUCAACCCUCCGAUUUCUCUAUCCAAAAACUCAGCGAAGACGAAGACAACUACGUCAUCUGGAAAAUUCGAUUUCGCUCUUUCCUCCGAAUCACGAAAAAAAUCAGGUUUAUCGACGGUACUCUCCCGCAGCCAGACCCUUCCUCGCCGCUCUAUCAGCCAUGGGAACAAUGCAACGCAAUGGUUAUGUAUUGGCUGAUGAGUUCGAUGACCGAAAAGCUUCUAGAAUCUGUGAUGUUCGCGGAAACGGCGCAUAAAAUGUGGGAAGAUCUCAGACGUAGACUCGUUCCUUGUGUCGAUUUGAAGAUCUACCAGCUUCGUCGGAGACUCGCGACGCUGAGGCAAGGUGGUGACUCUGUUGAGGAGUAUUUUGGGAAACUGAGUAAAGUUUGGAUGGAGUUGUCAGAGUAUGCUCCUGUACCGGAGUGUAAGUGCGGUGGUUGCAAUUGCGAGAGUACGAAACGAGCUAAAGAGGCCAGAGAGAAAGAGCAGCGUUACGAGUUUUUGAUGGGUUUGAACCAAGGCUUCGAGGCUGUGACGACAACAAUCAUGUUCAAGAAACCUCCUCCGUCACUUCACGAAGCUUUUGCUAUGGUCAAAGAUGCAGAAUCGAUGAUGAAGUGGUACAGGAGAUGAAGAAUUUAGGAAGCAGGUUCACGAUCAUAACUUUUCUCUAUGUUUCUUUAUGCUUUUUUUUGGGAUUCUAGUGUUUCUUAUUGACUUGUUUUGAAGCUACAUUAGAUUAUUAUCAAUGUCAUAUGGAAUUAGAUUUUUAUGAACUGAAAUUUUGCACAAUA